GAAAGCGAAAAAAAAGAUGGAUGUAAAAAAUAUAGAAAAUAUAAAUAGAACUGUGAUGGAUAGUAUGAGUCAAAAAAACUUUGGUACUCCCGCGACAUCAAGUGUUCGUCGUUAUCGACGUACUCCGUCAAACAGAAGCGUAACGAAGCGUGAUCAAACGCCUGAUCCGUCGUCUCGCGUGCAAAGCUCCCAACGAAAUACGGACGACGACAGUUGUAGUAGUGCGGAUUUCUUCUUUGCCAACAAUAACGGCGUUGGUAGAUCGCCUUCUGUAAGUGUGCCAACUUCUCCUGUUGCUGUAACUGCGCCAUCGUCUCCCUUCAAGGAAAUGUCUCCGGCUUUUCCCGUCAACAACAAUGAGGAAAAGCCCGAAAAUGACGUCAAAGAAGCGAAAAAAUUCCCUGAAGUUGAAGCUGGAGGACAUAUGAGCAAAAUUCUGAGUCGACGAAACAAAGCAAAAAAUGCUGCAAAAGCUCAUCGAAGUCAAUCAACUCCUCGCAAAGAAAGUGAAACACAAACAAGCACAACGGCAGUUAUCACAUACACAAGCGACGUACCAAUUAGCAAACGAAGCAUGUCUCUUCCGCGUCACAAAGAAGAUUCGAGUGAAAGUGACGCCGCAUUAGUUGCUCGUUUAACGAUUCCUGCGCCGGCGUAUCAACCUCAAUUUUCGACAACAGAUCCGCGUGGUUUGCAACUCGAAAUGAACAUGAAAAAGUUCGAAGAGGAUCGCAAAAAGUUUGAACUUGAAAAACUGAGAUUUAUUCAACAGAAACGCGAACUCGAUCGCAUGAGACUUGCGAGAUUCGAAAAAUAUCGCGAAGAAAUUGCAGCAAAAGAACCAUCAAAAGGACUAACGCCAUUCGCAUUACACGAAAAAGAUUUGGGCGUUCGUCCUGACAGUCCAAUGCCACGAAAAUCAAAAUCCAAAUCGAGAGAACGUCGUUCAAAAUCGUCAAUGAAGAAACACAAGGACUAUGUUUCAUCAACUGUAGAUGCUUCCGACGAAUCAGAUUAUGAACAAAGACGAUUAAAAACUCGUUUGGCAUCAAAAUCGCCUCGAAGAAAGUCAUCGAGAUCUCGAACGCCUGUUGCUGUUUCAAAAACUCCCGAUAUAACGAUUGAUUCGGUCGACGAAUAUUUCGACAUUAACAAAAACUCCAUUCAAGAUUUGGGAAAAGCGCUUCAAGUGAGACGACGAAAUGUGAAAAAUGACACAGAUAAACAGGCAAAUGGCACAAAUGGAGUUGCGAAAGAAGUUGAAAUCCGGAAUGAUGAUGAAACAAAGAAAUUACUUGUACCGAUAUUUGUAGAUGCUUAUGCUCACAAACCAAAUUUGCCAAAAACGGGUUUGAGAUCAUAUUUAUAUCCGUUUUAUUACGAAUCUAAAAUUGUUUGGAAACAAUUGAAAGCGGCACAUCCUAAAGAAGUAUUAGAAAUCCGAACGUCGUUUAAGAGAUGUUUGUGUAUGUGGAUCGCAAUGUUGAUAUUAUGCGGCACAGGAGGCUUAAUUUUUCGACAUCUCGAAGGAAAUUGGGAAAAUAUGUACAAAUGCGGCACAAAACGUAUACGACGAACAUUUAUCGAUGAUCUGUGGAAAUUCAGUCAAAAUUUGAGAGAAGACGAUUGGAAAACAAAAGCACGAACAACACUCAAGCAAUUUGAAGAAGAAUUGCAAAUCGCAUACGACGCGGGUGUCAAAUCGUAUUCGGGAAUUACGGUUUGGUCGUUCAUUAAUAGUGCAUUAUUUUGUCUCACUGUUGUUACAACUAUUGGCUAUGGACAUAUUGUUCCUAAAACCACAGCAGGAAAAGCACUAACAAUCGUUUACUCUAUCAUCGGUGUUCCAUUGUUCUUGAUCAUCUUAGCUGAUUUUGGAAAGUUGUUGACUCGCAUUAUAAAAUUCCUGUGGGCAUACGUUCGACGUCUUUAUUACACAGGAACAUGUAAAAAAGUCAGAAAACAAUCGCAAGUUCAAGGCGUAAUGCGUGGCAUAAACGUAAUGUACGAUAUGGCUCGUCGUCCAAGUCAAAUGGUUACGACAUUGGGUGUUAUGCAAACUCAAACGCCAACAAGCACAGAAUCUCAUCCUCCAUCUUGUGAUUCGCCGACAUUGCCCGAUAUCGAAAUUGACGACGAAUUUAAUCUUCCCAUCAGUUUGGCGCUCUCUAUUUUGAUCAUUUACAUGUUGUUUGGAGCUGCUGUGUACAAGUCAUGGGAAAGUUGGAGUUUCUUUGAUUCUUUCUAUUUCGUUUUUAUUUCCAUGUCCACAAUCGGAUUUGGCGAUUUGGUGCCUGAUCAUCCGAUGUUCAUGAUGGCAAGUAUUAUUUACUUGAUAUUCGGACUUGCUCUUACUUCGAUGUGUAUCAACGUUGUGCAAAUCAAACUUAGUGACACAUUUAGGGCAGCAAGUGCGAAACUUGGAGCGACAAUUGGAUUACAACCGGGAGCAGAAACAGCAUCUGUAGGCGCUGAACACACGCCUGUUGAACUUGCAGGAGUGCAUGUCGGGCAAAAAGACGGAAUUUAAUUUUUAAGCUUUACUUUUCGCUAUUUAUUUAUUUAAUAUUUUAAGUAAUUGCUUUCCAAUGUUAGUUGUUUGUGUUUUAUUUACGAA